AUGGGCGGAUGUGCUGAUCAACCGCGAUCACCCACCAUCAUCCAGCACUGGGUACUGCAGACCUUGUCCUCCAAUGACGGCCUUUUGAUUGCGUUUUCAGCGUUGAUUGACUUUGAAACUGGCUGCUUUUCCUCUCAAAAGCCAUGUCGCGCCCUUUGCACACCCGAAUACGCUCGCUCCAGCUCACCCCGUCAAUCACCCCUCGAUCACCUCCCCGCGCGACUCUUCAGCCGACCGGUUGGGUAUAAGAGAAAUGGAAGGCUCACUCGCAUUUCUCACCAUUUACAUAUCCUUCCCUUCGUCCUUGGGCAUUUCGGAACGCCGUCGUCCACCAUGGUUAGGCCGCGAAGCAUCCAGAAGCGUGUCUCGAAUAGCCCACGAUCAAGACGCCAACAACGAGCCCGUCGUAAAGAUAGCUUGUUCUUCAAGUCCUUCGAGUACUGUCAGGAGGGCCGCUGGGGUCUUUCGCAUCUGGUACACUCUCCAGACGUGCUCAGCCAGAAGCAGGUGGAGUCGGAGUCCUGGCGGCUAUCAAACGGUUAA